ACACAGGAGAGAUAAGGAAGGAGAAAACAAGAAGAAAGGAAGGAGGAGGAGAAGUUGAAAAUGGCGAAUCUCAGCUCAGCAAUUGACUCGGUGUUUUGGGACAAUAACCUCUCAUCACCACAAACCCUCGAAGGCACAGCUCGCUCUGUUCCCGGUGAGCCAUUUCCCGUCGACGGUGCACGAGCCAGCCCCUCACACCGUAUUCAGCAGCUCUCUCUUCUCCGUGAAGGCUUCCCUCUCGGUGUCAUCCCUGCUUUUGCUCCUUCUUCCGACAAGAGACUCGGCUCUUUCUCCCUCAAUUCGCUCUUGCUCAGUCCUUCCACUCCCAACUGGUGGGCAGGAUUGGUUGGGCAGUUCAAGCCAAGGAAGCUCUUUACUGAUAUCAAAGCAAGUUUCAGCAAAGCUGAGGAAUGGGAUCUCCAGCUUUUCAAGGAUACAACAAAACACAUUGUAGACAAGUCACUUUACUCAGUUGGUCUAUGGACUCAGAUUGCAAUAGGCUCUUCUUCCUCUCUCUUGCUCAACGCUGAACGUCAUGGAGACAAAGACGGGAUCAGAAAGAAGCUUAUGUUUGUUCAUCCGCUUGAGAAACAUGAUCUCACUGUGGAAGCAGCUUGGCCUGAUCUGUUUUUGGACCAUAAAGGACGUUUCUGGGAUGUUCCUGAGUCGUUAAACUUCGAUGUUUCAUCUCUUGUUCCAGAGACCGGGCUUCAGUACCGUUUCGGUGUACACAAAAGCAACGGUGAUCCUCAGCUUGUGAAUGCUGCUGCUUCUGAGAGUAGUGGCGUUGCUCCUGCUUCUUUGAUGCCUGGUUUAUGCGCCAAGGCUGCUGUUUCAUACAAGGGUAAGAGAGACUUGUGGAGGCCUAAAGAAGACAAAACAAAAGAAGAAGAAGAAGAUGAUGAUGAUUCACCUGUUUAUCUACCUUACGAUUUACGCCUCAAGGAGCCUCAUGCAGGAGUUUCAGGAAUCGUAGGUGGCAGCUUGGCAGCUUGGAUUACAGGACGAGACGUGUUGGUUAACGGCAAGAAGAGGAGUCCUAUAAGCGCAGAUGUGUUUGGUUCUGCUUGUUAUACGUUUCAGAAAGGGAAGUUUAGUAAGCUGUAUGGUGAUCUAACAAGAGUAGAUGCUCGUGUAGACGUUUCCUCAGCUUCUGCUCUUGCUAAAAGAAUCUUCCAUUCAAUCAGAAGAUCUUCAAACAAAACUGUAGACACAUCUGGUUCUCCCAGGCUCAACCUGAUAUUCCAGCAACAGGUUGCAGGUCCAAUUGUUUUCAAAGUGGACUCACAGUUUCAGGUAGGUGCAGGGAAGUAUGGUGCACAAAUGGAAGAUCUAAUUUACAGUUUGAACUACUCAUUGAGGCUUCUUGAAUCUGGAAAAGUCGUGGCUUGGUACUCCCCAAAGAGAAAAGAAGGCAUGGUCGAGCUUCAAGUUUAUGAGUUUUAA